AUGCUUGCUCACGAUAAACAACGUGGUCGCAGUAAUACCGUUAUUCUAAUGCUUGGAUGUCAUUUAAAGAAUGUGAACCGUGGCAAUCCGUCGAAGACCAAUCUGGUCGUGGACAUCGAGCCGAAGGGACAGGUCGCGGUGCGUCUCGGCGAGAGUCUGCAGAUCAUGUGCAGAGUCGGCAGACCUUUGAAGGUCUGCCGUGUCGAGAUACCAGGCGAGGCAGGCGGUAUGGUAUUGUCCAAGGGUCAGCCGGCGGAGGACGGGAUCGAGUACUAUGGGGAGGGCACCGAGGCGGGCCAGUGCGGGGUCCAUAUCGCUAAAAUCAAGGAGAGCCACGACGGGGUCUUCAAGUGCACGCUAACGGCCACCGACGUACGACAGGAGGCCCAGGCAUCCGUGAUGAUUAUUGUUGCCAAACCACCGAACAAUCCUGAACUUCAAACCAGUCCCGGAGCUUACGGCAGAAGCGUCUACAGAAAAGGAGAGAAACUGGAAGUGAGUUGCAGCGCCCCCUCCGGAAGACCAGCAGCCAACGUAUCGUUAUUCCUUGACGACGAACCAAUCGGUUACGAGGAAAGACCAACGAUCUACGACUCGAACGUGAACGAGAACUCGUUGGCAGUGCAAAACGCGUCGCGCAGCUUGGAUUGGACCGACAAUGGCAAAGUUCUUCGGUGCAGAGCCAACCAUAUCGCCCUCGACAAGCCUAAGGAAACCACUAUGCAGAUACAAGUACGCUAUCCGCCGCAGCCACAGCCAACCAUCGAGCGAUUCGGAUACGUGAUUGGACGUGAGGGUCACGUGAACGUAACCGUUUACGCGAACCCCAAGCCACAUUUCUUAUGGCGAGUGAACAACGAAAAGAUCCUCGAGGGUCACCUGGACCAGAGCCACAGACUUCAAACCUCGACCGCCGUCGAUUUGGGAAGAGGAGCGUGGAGCGUAAUCCUCACUAUCGACAGCAUUCAGAAGUCCGACACAGAGAAGGAGUACAUAUUGGAAGCCCGCAAUGACGAGGGAGCGUACGAGUACCGUAUCGUUUUGUCGACUUCCACAGAACCCGCAGGGGCGUUCAGUCACUUCUAUGGUAAGCUCUCCGAACACAUGCACGCACUAGGCGUUGAUUUAGACACUGGCUCGAUCAUCGGUAUCGUCGUCGGAGCCCUGGUGCUACUUCUCCUCGUUUUCGUACUUAUUUUCGCCCGUGCAACCGGUCGCUGGUGCUUCGCAGGUAACUCAUCAUCAAGGACUUUCGGCGAGUCAGACGUCGCGGAUCCGGCACUGAGCGUUAGUCUCCUUCGUUUUGAGAAAUCGAAAACACCAGACGAUAACAAUAAGCAAAGAAGCGACACGGAAAGUGCUGGAAGGUACUCUAGAACGGAAGUGGACGGAUCAAGGGGUGGACGAAAACCAAAAAUCAGCUUGACCAGACUCUUUAAACGGAACAAGGACAAAGUUUCUGGCGCUGACACUGAUACCGUGAGGACUGUUGUAACAGUCGAUGACGAGAAGCUUCAGACCACGGCGUCGGAUGCACAGGAAGGCAAGCCUAAUCCUUCGACAGGCGAAGGCGGUAUCGUUUACGCGGAAUUGGACUUGACGCUGCAACAACAGGGCGUUGCGCCGCGUCGUUUGAACGAGGACAAAACCGAAUACGCUGAAAUCUUGUACACGAAACCAGCAACGGAAGAACAGACGCCCAACGAAUAA